CCCGAAGGAAAACGUUCCUAAGAAAAGAUAGAUUUUAAAUCGGACGAACAAGAAUUUUCUGUCGAUGAUCUACCUCGCGUGUGCGUAGUAUUAACAUUUCUGAAAACGCAAAAAUCGGUUUUUAUUGACAUUUUCUCCUCUUAAAAAAUUUAGUGUAAUUUUGUAAUUAUUGAUUUCUCGAGAGGAAAUUUCUAUACUUCCUGAUUUCGUCGAAGUGCGGUGUACUUUUUGUUUCUUCCAUAUUUUAUUCGUAUUGUUGUAUCAUUGUCGGAUAAAUUCCGGAAAACUGAGUCUCCCGGUGAAUUUUCGGCGAAUUUAUAACAUUUCGCUCAGUGGAAGAAUUUACAGCUCACGUGUUUUGCUGGUCGGAGAUCCAGCGCACGUUGUUGGAUCAGAUUUUGGCAUUGACAGUGCUUCGGAUCAGUUUAGACUCUUAUAGAUCGCAAAAACUGUGCAUAUUUUCGCUUGAGUAAAGGAAAAAAUCGCGGUUUUCCCCCUUCGCGCACGAUUGCAACGGCGCAUUCCCUGCGGUCUGAUUUUUUACCCUAUUUGGUUGUUUGCGAUGUAAAUCAUGUCUGCUGUCAUCGCUUUUUCUUCUAUAACGGGCGCCGGCUGGUUUCGAGAAAGUGCGUUCAGCUGACAAUUAGUCAAUCCGUGAAUUACUCGGUCCAAGUUUAAACUUGCAACUUUUUUUCGUCCGUGUUUUGUGCGCAAAUGCAUUUAAUCCCGUUAAUCCGAGGCGAGAUUCUUCAUGACUGCUGGACGACCGUGAAACUCAGAAGUGAUAAUCGUAAAAAAGUCCACCGACGUUUUGUCGCGUGCAGAUUUGGCUGAUUCCGGCUCCAUCAGCUUCUUUAUGCGUAACAUGUACCUUAUUUUGCAAGUUGGUUUUAGUAUUCUCAUGAUAUAUGAUAUACUGACCAGAUUCAUUCCGUGAUUUUGUAUUGAUUUACAGUUACUUACUUUGUGUUUUUUAUAAAAGUGCAGUGUUGUAUCUAAAAUUACGUGCUGAGGAGGGUUUUUCCGGUUCCUUCGGGAGGAAGUAUAUGAAAUUGAGGAUUACCCUUGGAUAAUUACGUGUUUGUUCCUGUGAUUACCGGACUUUUUUGGCACGGAGGGAUGUUUGUCUUCUACAUUAUUUUGAUCCUAUUUGGAUGUCUUCCUGUCAUGCCCGACGCGGAGAGUAUCAGCGGGACUAUCGAGGUUUGCAGCAAUGAGGGAGAGCUAGUGAACCUUAAUUACGGUUGCUUCACCUGUAUUUGUAAGAAUGGAUUUGUUCAGUGUCAAAAAGAUCCCUGCCCGGGUCAAGAGGGCUGCCACAUGCUACUGGGGGAGACUACCACGAACUGCUCAUCGUGCUUCAAGUGCAAAGGUUGCUUACAUCACGAUUCCUUCUAUGAGAGUGGAACCGAAUGGAGGGAUAAGAGUGACCCUUGCACCGUGCUGACGUGCAAAGCAGGGGUGGUGACAGAGUCUGAGAUCCAAUGUUACACCCCCUGUAAAAACCCCCUUCCGCCAGGCCCCGGCCAGUGCUGCCCGACUUGUCCUGAUUGCCGGAUAAACGGUCAGGAGGUGAGACCGGGGCACAGCGUGGCGAUUUUGGACGACCCGUGCCUGCGGUGUCGCUGCGAGUCGACGUCGAGGCGAAUGGUCUGCGAGAAGAGGUCUUGCCCGGUCCUCCACUGCCUCACAAGCCCCGUCAAGAAUCCAGGCGACUGCUGUCCUCGCUGCAACGGUUCGCGGCAUUUCGUGGAGCCGCCGAAGGGACAGUGCCUGCUAAACAACGAGCUUCACCCGGCGGGUCACUCCUUCGAGGUGGACAGGUGCACCGUCUGCUCUUGCUUGAACGCGACAACUGUCUGCAAGCGCAAGAACUGCCCGGCCCUCGACUGCCCCCCCAGCAGGCAAAGCUUCGUCCACGGUCGCCAGUGCUGCCCCCGCUGCUUGGACCUCCCCAAAUCCACCGAGUGCAUCGACCAUGGCCGCACUUACCAGAACGGAGCGGUGUGGCAAGUGGACGCUUGUAAAUCUUGCGCUUGCAUGGACGGGCAAGUGAAGUGCGCCCAGCAAACCUGCCCGCAGCUCAACACACCGUGCCCACCAAACUCAAAACUCAUACACGAUCCUGGACAGUGCUGCCCAAGAUGCGUUGACAGUGAUGGUGUUUGUACAGUAUUCGGCGAUCCUCACUACAGGACUUUCGACGGGAAGUUCUACAACUUUCAAGGAGCCUGCAAGUACCUGCUUGCAGCCGACUGCGUGAACAACACGUUUCAUAAUAGUUCCUUCCAGAUUCGUGUCAUCAACGAUGCUCGAAACACAAAAACAUCGUCGUGGACGAAAAUCGUUACCAUCAAGCUACGAGAGUUGGGGAUCAAAGUAUACCUAGGGAGGCGAAUGAGAGUGAAAAUCAACAAGAAGAAUGUAACCCUGCCUCAUAUUAUUGAGAAUAAAAUCAAAGUCACGCGCACUAACGACAGUGUCCUGCUGGAAACCAAAAUAGGCCUUAGAGUCCUAUGGGAUGGAAACAGUUUCCUGGAGGUAGCUGUGUCCCCCCAUUACAGAGGUCGGCUAUGUGGGUUGUGCGGAAACUUCAACAAAGUGGCGCGAGACGACCUGACGACCCGAUCGGGGCGGUUGCUGCACGACGACGAGGCAUUCGCCGAGGUGAAGUUCGGCGAGUCGUGGCGCGUGGGCACUACCAAGGCCUGCUCCCGCCCGCCGUUCCGCUCGCGUUUCCCUGCGGCGUCCACCCAGCCUUGCCACCUAACCUCCAAAAAACCCAUCAAGGACAAGUACUGCCGCCACCUACUCUCCAACGCCUUCACCGCUUGCCAUUCCAAGCUCCUCGUUAACCCCUAUAUGAAAUCGUGCGUGCAGGACAUGUGCGAGUGUCCGAAGGAGAAGUGCUACUGCGAGUCUUUCAUCGCGUACGCGCACGAGUGCGAGCGACUCGGCGUGCGCCUCCCCAACUGGCGCCACGUCUUCGGGUGCCCUCCGAUACAAUCGACGUCGAAGCAACGUUGACCAUUAUCUGCCAGCCGCUGCUCUCCGUCCGCCUCCGAGUUUAGCUCUUUUCCUCCCACUAUACUAGUCAGCAUCCUAGUCUCCCUCCAUUUUCUGAUUUAUCGGCGAGGAGAUUAGGUGCCUUUUUUUCUCAUUGAAACGUGAUGCAUAUGCAAUAUUUUCGCGGUUCGAUGGACAAACCCACGAUUCAUCGCGGAAGUUUCUGAAAGUUUACUUUGAAUUUUGUUUUUAAGACGCAUUCCGUAAUCGGAUGCUUUAUACUUCCUUAGUUGAGCAUUACAAAACUGAAAACCUCGAGUGUUGUCUCAACCAGAACAGGUGCUUUGAGCAUACUCAUAAAAAAAAUCGAAAUUUUGGCUUCCUGUAAAAACUAAUGACGAUACAUGUUAAGAUGAAGCAGAUUAAUGAUAGAAGUCAGUUAUCUAUCUUGUAUUCGCCAUUAACGAAUGGAAACGGUUAUGCUGUUUCUGGAAAAAAAAACCAAUCUUGCUUUUUUUUCACUUAAAAGUUAAAAGCCUACUUCAUCGUUCAAUUUUAUUAUGAUUCCAAAUUUAAGAGCAACUUAAAUUCUGCAUAAACUUCAAAAUUGUUUUGUUAUAAUAUCAAUGGUUGACAUAAGCCAAAUUAUGUUGACAACCCUUUAGUAGCUGUACCUAAGUAUGACUUGCGUGCGUAGAAGUUGCCGAUUUUGGUUGCAGAACACUUGUAGGGUAAAUACAAUAUAAUGUGCGGCUGAAAAGAAAUAACUUGUAAAGAAUAAUGUGUUUCAGUAUUCUAUUUUCAACUCUCGUGAAUCAAACAACUGAAUAUUAAUUUAGUUUCAAUCUCGUUACGACUUACUUAUUUACCACGUUCGAUUUUCACCGUAAUCUACUUUAAAAAGUUACAGAGUGUGCUACGUAAAUCCGUUCUAACCAACAGCGACUUGCACUUACAAUAAUUCAGUUGGUCCUGUGUAGGUAUUCGGUGCAUUUGUAAAAAUCGAUAGUAAAAUAUGUGCCUGUUUAGAAAAUUAAACAAUAGAUAUAAUUACACCCACAGCAAAAACUUUGGAGUUUAAAAUUGUGAUAAAAUUACGCAAUCAUCAUCAGCAUGGCACUCAAGAGGUCAAUAACUGCUCAUUUCUAAUAUUUAAGAACUGCAAAAUUUUUAUUGUUUGUUAACCACCGCUUUUUCCAGGAAACUUUCGAUGUUCCUUUUACUCAUGUAAGUCUUCAAGAGCCAUAUGCAUUCUUAUUUUUAAAUUUCAAACUAAUGAAUUACUUUGAAAUUAAUUUUUUUCUCUCCCCUCCCUUAUCACUCCCUCUCUCUGUCUUACUCGUCGAGAUAUUUUCAUUAGUCUACCUAUUGAUUUAACUUAACCGUUUGAUUUUAUAUUCAGUGUAAAACCUAAAAUUUCUUAAUUUAAUUAUCACAUUUUUAUUUGGUGUGUUGUGUCUAAUUUUAAUGAGCAUUUCCACGACUUAAAUUACUGGUUAGUUUUUGUUCAAAACUUGUUUUAAAGUUAAAUUGACUGUGAUCAUUGAAAUUUUUUAUAUAUAAGUACUCACAUUAUUAGUAAGUAGGCAAUUGUGUUUAUUUUCAUUUAUGUAUCCCUGAAAGUAAAUUAUUAGUUAAAAGAUUAUCAAAUUAAGAAAUCUGAGUAUUUGUUCAUUUGAUCAAUGUAAGUAAGUUGGAGCCAUCUGAUUGAACUUUAUCAUUCAGAUAGCUGGAAAGGCAAUAUUUUUUUUUACAGUAGAAUUCUGCAAAAGGGUUAGAAAGCAAGGUAGAGUUUGAUCUUGAAACUCGUUUAACACACUAACAAUACACACUAAUUCUGAUUUUCACCGGAAAACUGCCGAAAAGAGCUGAGCCCAUACAGAGAACUAGCUUUCAAUCAUACCUCAAAUCUUAGCAUAAGAGCACGACCAACGGAUGACCAUGCAAAUUGGGAUUCUGUCACUUUGCUCCUCAAUUUUCUAGUUUUAUUGUGAGUGAAUAAUAAUAAUAAUAAAUAUCUCGGAAAAUGAAAUUGAAUGUGCAUCAUUAAUGCAUCAAGAUUUCCAAAAUUCAACGAUAAGUUAGCCGUACCGUGCAAAAACAACGUUUAAGCGGCUCGUCGUUGCUAAAUUUCGUCUGAUUAAAAACAGAUUUUCUGCGGAGAAAGAGUAAAUUCUCAUAUUUAUCUCCAAAUUCUCAGAGUAUUUUGGUCACAAUGUAAUCUAGGAUGCUUUGUUCCAGUCCCGUUUAUGGGACGCAAGGGACGUGAGAGCCUAAUUCCGGAGCAAGGUUGGCUCGUUAUCACCAUAAUCCGGUUUCUAAUUAGAAACAGAACAAUUGAAAUCCAAUCAGAAAAUCUAAUUAGAACAAUCCAAAAUCUAAUCAGAACACACCUCGAAUUCGGUGAGAAAGUUUAAGUGAUCAGGUGCGUGCUGACCAUCAAUGAUUUGUGAAUACUAAGUUUCCCUGGAAAAAAUAUUAUUCCGAUUGAGACUCUGUGUACCCAAUGUUGUGAUUUUUACCUAGGCAUCGAUUAUUUUAAUGAAAAAUUUGUAAGCCCGUGGUCAACAUUUUUCCUUUGUAGGUAUUCUUAACUAAUUUUUCAAGUUCCUGACCAUCAUUACCUGCUUAUUUUUUUAAUGUAUAUUAUUAUCAUAUUAAAUUGCACUUUUUCCUGUGUUCAUAGUCAACAACUGCUUGCCUACACUGACUUUGAAAAUCCCUGUUAAAUUGAGUGCAAGGCACUGAAAAUGCCCUUUUUCCGGUAAUACCCUGCAAUAGAACUCUUGCAAGGUUUUUUCAUAAGCUACCGGUUAAUGAUGUAAUUGAUGUAAUUUUAGAACAAAACACUUUUUGUAGUUAAUGAUGUUGCAAAUUGCUUAUCACAUUUUACUUUUAUUACUUCGGAAGAGCUGACCAAAAUUUUUCAAACAAUUUGUGGUUUUUUCUUAUCAAAAAUACACUCUUAAAUGUCCUUGUUAAAUCGUCGGUCAGUUUCUUGUUAUUAAAUAAAAAUAUUACAGAGGACGGGAGAAAUGCUGAAAAACUGUCAUAAAAUGUCAUUUUACUUGCCAUCAAAGUAAGUCGAUAACUUCAUCUGAUCCAAGUUUUAACUGGUCAUAUCGUCACUGCUUUGACGUAAGGGCUUAUCUCAAUUUUAACGUGAGCCCUACGCCCUAUAAAACUCUAUGGUUUCCGGGGCUUUUAUAAAAAAAGAGAUGUACGCCUUACUUUUACGUCAGAGGAGCGAUGAUAAAAAAUAGCCAGUACUAGCCUAACUACAUUUCACAUUGCCUUGUUUAAUUCGAUGUUUUACUUGUGUAAGGAAAACUGAGCAACGCCCCCCUUGAUUUUUCGUGAGCGUUCCGUGAAAUUUAAAGAAUAUUCACAAUAUUUUAAGUCGGGGCGUUGCUUGGUUUUCCCAUAAAACAAUAACGCACGAUGAAAAACCUAGUAUGAAGCCACAACCGUCAUCUCUUUCAUGUAAAGACUGAGUUUUUUUCUUUUUUUUCUCUUUUCCUCCCCAGAUCUAUGUUUUUUGUCUUCGCUACUACAGAUUAUAUCAUCGAAA